AUGGAGGCGGGAAGGAGCUUGUUGUCUUCUUCACCACAAUUUCCUCCCAAAACCCACUUCAGAAAUUGUUCCUUCUCUUCAGCUCGACAUUGUCAUUCUCCAGUUUUUAGCGACGAUCAACAUAAUGAGAGCAGGUCAGUGUGGUGCUCAAAGGAAAACAUCAAUUUUGGGCCAACACUCGAUACCAGCCAACGAAUCUUUUCGAUGGCAUCAGAUUCCAUUUUCAGUAACAGCGAAAAUUCAACAGGUGUAGGAGCCGACCAUGCAGCUGCCCUUGCUCGGGAAGCCUUUUCGGCUUGCAAAGAGGUGGCCUCAGUUGCUAAACAUGGUGAGCUUUUUGCAGCUCAUCGUGAUGACUCUUUCAGUGAAAGAACUGUUAGGUCAACUCGUCUAUUCGAGAGGCAAAAUAAGAAGAGAGUGCCUAAACCAAAAUUCGAGCUUCAUGAGACCAACAAUCAAAAGAAUUCAGAACUGCAUCAAAGUCGAAAAGUUAAUGGAGGAUUUGACCCAAAAGAUCCUGUUACACGUUUCUUAUCUCGACCGGGAGCAAGACAGCUUUUAACUGUACAAGAAGAGUCCAAACUAGCAGAAAAAAUACAGGAGUUAAUGCAACUCAAUGAAGUGAAAAGUAAGCUACAAACUCGAAUUUCCCGCGAACCUACAUUACGCGAGUGGGCUGAGGCGGCUGGGACUAGCUGUCAUGCCUUGCUGUCACGGGUUCAACGUGGGUAUAGAAGCCGUGAUCGGUUAGUUUUUGCCAAUUUCCGAUUCGUUGUUCACAUUGCUAAGAAGUUCCAAGGGCAUGGUCUAAGCCUUCAGGAUCUCUUGCAGGUGGGAAGCAUGGGUCUGAUGAGGAGUGUAACGAAAUUCAAGCCCCACUUAGGUUUCAGAUUUAAUACCUACGCGUACUAUUGGAUAAAGGAGUCAAUUUUGAAGGCCAUAUAUAAGGAUUCUAGAAUAAUCCGCUUGCCUGUGAAUGUUUAUGGCCUCCUAUUCAAAGUGAAUGCAGCAAAGAAAGAAAUCAUAAGACAAGGUAACUUCCACCCCAAAAACGAAGAUAUAGCGUCUCUUGUUGGAAUUCCUGUUGAUCGGCUAGAGACAUUAUUGUUUUAUGCUACUCGAGUCCCGCUUUCAAUUGAACGGCCUAUCUGGAUAAACAAAAGAAUUGCAUAUCAGGAAAUGAUUGCAGACUCUUCAGUUGAUGAAGAAGACCCAGAAGAAGACAAUUGUAACGGCGAAGACAAUUGUAAUGGUGAAAUCACUGCAUACUUACUAUCAAAUGAAAAUCCACUAGUGGAUUUAGCAAAGCAGAUGAUGAGACAACAAAUGCGUAGUCUCUUGAGCGAGCUGAAUCCUAGAGAGAGAAAAAUAAUCGAGAUGAGGUUCGGAAUGGAAGAUGGCAUACAGUAUAACCUAGCUGAAAUUGGUGAUGAUUUUGGAGUAUCGAGGGAGAGAAUCCGACAGCUCGAAAAGAGAGCGAUGCUCAAGUUGAAGGAAAGGUUUAGUAGUGAGGAGCUCGAAGCGUAUGCCGAAAUUCAUGUUUAG